CGCACCCACACUUAGCUAUUCGGUUCAAACUCGAACUUACAUCCGGUGCCCUGCUCGGUCCUCAUUCAUCACCACCAUGUCCCUUAACAGAACCCUCUCCACCCGCUUCUCUUCGAAGAGCCAGGCAAAUGGUUCAACAUUACCGACCUCACUUGCCGACGCUCCUUCCUCGGGCGACGCAAGCACAGCCAAAGCCUUGGCACACAUCAAGGACCUCAUGAAACGCCCUCUCGAAGAGAUAAACGAGUCUGCCAUUUCCGCAGCUCUUGAUGCCAUCAAGCAUGCAGAUGCAGUUGAUGACCGCAAGAUGCUCUUGGAACACUUGUUGUCCUUCAUGGCCAAUCACCCUUCAGGAAAAAUUUCUGGCAUGGCUCGCACUUUCACCAUCAAGCUACUGUACAACGACCUCGCCCACCCCCCUGCUACAUAUAUUGGGCCCGAGUUUCAGUUCCGCGCUGCUGACGGUUCAGGCAACAACCCUGAUGCUCCAAACCUUGGAAAAGCUGGUACACCUUAUGCACGGUCUGUUCAAGGAGCAAACCCCUUGCCGCGCAACCAAAUGCCCGAUGCUGGUCUCGUCUUUGAUACUCUCCUCCGCAGAGAGAAGUUUACCCCGCAUCCCCAGGGUCUAUCUGCCCUCAUGUUCUCCUUUGCGGCACUCGUCAUUCAUAGUGUAUUCCGCUCUGAUCAUACUCCCGGCAGGCAACAUAUCAACAUGACUUCGGGUUACGUUGAUCUUGCACCCUUGUAUGGAAAUGACCAAGAAACUCAGGACAAGGUCAGGAACAAGGACGGCCGUGGUUUGCUUCACCUCGAUGUAUUCGCAGAGGAUCGUCUCCUUUUCCUUCCUCCCCCAGUUUGUGUCCUCUUGAUAUUGUUCAACAGAAACCACAACUACAUUGCUCGUCGGUUACUCGAAAUAAAUGAACGCGGUACCUGGAAGGAUCCUGCUCACCACCACCACCUCAGCCAUGCCCAGCUCUCCAAGCAAGACGAAGAGAUCUUCCAGAUUGCCCGCCUUUGCAACUGUGCAUGGUUCGCAGCCGUUGUCUUCUCGGACUACUUCUCUGCUAUUCUGGGCCUCGUCCGAAAAGGGUCGAGCUGGAGUUUGGAGCCAUUCGAAGAAAUUCGUAAUGACGAUCACUCGGUCUUCGAGCGUGGCCGUGGUAAUGCUUGCAGUGUCGAAUUCAACUGCUUGUACAGAUGGCACGCGACCACCUCUGUUGAGGACGAGGAGUGGAUCGCUCUCCAGCUCAAGCAGCUGUUCCCUGACAAGAGCCCUGAGGAUAUCAGCUUGAAGGACUUUUACACAAAAGAAGCUGUGCUCACGCAAUCUGAGCCGGAUCUUCAGCAGUGGACAUUCGGGACCCUUCAACGCGAGACAGAGGGUCCUAACAAGGGAUCAUUUAAGGACUCUGAUCUUGCCAGUUUGCUUCAGGGCGCGACCUCCCAUCGUGCUGCGAGCUUCGGUGCUCGUAGCACACCCGCAGUCAUGCGUCUCCACGAGAUCAUGGGUAUUGAGGCUAACCGAGCAUGGGGCGUUUGUUCGCUCAACGACUUUAGGAAGUUCCUUGGCUUGAAGACGUACACCAGUUUCUUGGAAUGGAACCCCAACCCCGAGGUUGCCGACGCUGCUGAAAAGCUCUAUGGUCACAUCGACAACUUGGAGUUGUACGUCGGUCUCCAGGCCGAGGACACCAAGCCUCUCAUCGAGGGUGCAGGUCUCUGCCCAGGGUACACCAUCUCCCGUGCCAUUCUCUCCGAUGCAUUCGCCCUAACGCGUGGUGACCGCUUCUACACACAGGACUUCACGCCCUACAACCUGACCGCCUGGGGUUUCGCCGAUUGCCAGCGGGACCCUGAUGCAUACGGGUUCGGAUCCACCCUCGGCCGUCUCUUCCUACGCACGCUGCCCAACGAUUACAGCAAAGACAGUGUCUACACAUGGUUCCCUCUCGUACACCCCGAUUCGAUGGAGGGGUACUUGAAGAACCUUGGCAAGGUUGACGGGUAUGAUGUUGCGAGGCCAAAGCCAAGCGAGCCUGCUACUACUGUUGAUGGUUACGUGGAGGUUGGCCAGGUGUUACGAAGCACCGGUAAAUACGUACCUGAGUACGUCGAACGCGCGGCAGAGGUCAUGAAGGGCAAAGGAUUCUUUACGGCAUCUUCAACCGGGGUUGAAGAGCAGAAGCAAUUCAUCAGUGCGCUUGUUCCUUCACCAGAAGCCACCAGUGCGAUCGGGACAUACUUCCACAACAAGACGAAGGAGCUCAUCGAGCUGCAUUCGUUCUCGUUGAUUGGGCAGAACACGUGUGGUGUCAAUAUCGUGAGGGACGUGUUGAAGUUCGUGCCGUUGCAUUGGGCUGCUACGGAAGUUGCUGGUAUCCCACUCAAGACGAAACAGAAUCCUCAUGGUGUAUUCACCGAGUCUCAGUUGUUUGAUAUGCUUGGGGAGAUUUACCAAUUCAUCUUCCUCGAGGUCGACUUGGCAUACUAUAUGCCGAUCAGGCAGAGGGUGAAGGAGCAUGUGCAGGAGCUGACGCAUCUGAUCAAGGGUGCUCUUGGGAGUGCAGGGAGCAAGUUACCGUUUGCUGGGUUGAUUGGCACGGUGUCUGGUUUCUUCAGCAAGAAGAAGAACCAUAAUGAGAUCGUGAAGCGCUUGUUUGAGUUUGGGUGUUCGACGGAGCAUGUUGUGAACUCGAUUCUGGCGUUGUUGGUUGGUGCUACUGUUGAGAUGUCUCUUGCUUUGACGAACGUCGUCAACUUGCUCGUUCACAAGGAGUAUGAUUCGGAAGUGACGAUCGCGGCGAAUAAGAAAGUGGAUGCUAAGGACUUUGGUAGUCUCACUGCUUAUGUUACCGAGGCGCUCAGAAUCGACCCACCGUUCGCUGGUACCUACCGUGUCGCGAAGCAAGACGAAUCCAUUGGGUCUUUGAACGUGAAGCAAGGCCAACGUCUGUUCCUAAACGUCGCCGCUGCAAACAUGAACGAAGACGCCUUUCCCAACCCCCACAUCCUAGAUGCCACCCGCACACCGCGCGAACGCUACCUCCCAAAGGACGGCUGCUUCAAAGUCUUAGGUGACGAAUUAGCAUCCACGAUGAUGGCUGAAGUGCUCCGCGCCGUCUUGUCUCUCGAGAACGUGCGUCGUGGGCCUGGACAGUCGGGUAAACUUGCGCGGUUCUCAGAUGCUGCGCUUCCGGCGUUGCAUUAUGCAUAUUUGAAUGAGAAAAUGAUGCAGAGCCCGUGGCCGACUUCGAUGAUUGUUAACUAUGAUGUUGCGAAGUGAGGUGGUGGUGGCGGUGGUGGUGGUGGAUAUGAUACCCGAGCUUUGUCAUGUUGUCAUUUGAUUUACUCGCACAGUACUACUUAUGCUUAUGCGUGUUAUACGAUCUUAAUGCUACUUUUUGAUUUGAUGCA